CUGCCAGACCUGCCUGUCCUCAGCCUGCCCAAGGAGACCCUCAAGGCUCCCAGCCGGCUGGAGCACAACACCCGCCCAACCUUCAUCCAUCACCGUGAGUCCCUCUGGAAGAGAUGCCUCAGCGCCUGGCGGGACGUGGGGCUGUGCGGUGUGCUGAAAGAGAUUGCCAGUGCCGAGGAGGAGGGACUUCAGUGGGUGAAGACAGGCUCAAGCUACACGCUGGCCAUGUACCACUGGUUCUCCUCACUGCAUGGCUCCCUGUUCCCCCACCUUUCAUUGACCAGUGAAGACAUGAUCGCGGCGUUCUCCCAGGCGGUGGACUGGGCCGGCUGCACCAUCCGGGCCUUUGCCUGGCACCCCCACACCAGCAAAUUUGCUGUGGCUCUUCUGGAUGAUUCCAUCCGAGUCUACAACUCCAACAGGUCUCCCUGCUCCCCUGAGGCAUGUAAAGCCUUCCUCAGGAGAAGACUCUGCUGGCUGGUCCUGCAGCCCUCCCCGCUCCUCCCUGCUGAGGCUCUCUCCCCCAGUUGGGAUUUCAAGCCAGCAAGUGCCAUCUCUCACCCUGGGGCUGAGCUGUGGGCAGCACAGGGCACGGCGUUUAAUCGCACGAGUGCCACCAUCCCCUCGCUGAAGCAUCGCCUGCAGAGGAACGUGGCUGCCAUGGCCUGGAAGCCGCUCUGCGCCUCCAUCCUCGCCGUCGCCUGCCAGAGCUGCGUCUUGGUGUGGCACCUGGAUCCCACCUCCCUUUCCACAAG